AUGGCUUCCAACUCAGAAAUACCCAAAUCGAUGUUUGCUUGGAGGAAGCAUAGAGGCAAUCCGGAGCCUGGACAUGAAGGCUGUGGGCAGAUUGUUCAAAUUGGCCCUGAAGUAACUGGCACAAAGUUCAAAAUAGGGGACAUUGUUGCCUUGCAUGCAGUUUCAGGGUGUGCGAUGCCUGACUGCUCGGAAUGCUCCAGAGACCUCAGCCAAAUAUGCGAGAUUGGCCACCAUUCGGGCAUCGGGCAAGACGGCUUUUACGCCCCAUAUGCUGCAAUCGAGAGUCGAGGAGCUGUCCUUGUGCCAGAAGGAGUUACCCCCGCGGAGGCCGCGGUAGCCACAGAUGCUGUCACGACGGCAUACCAUGCCAUUCAUCGGCGCGGGGAAGUUAAAGCUUCGGAGACGUGCUUCCUCUUUGGCCUAGGUGGUCUAGGGUUCAACGCCUUACAGAUUGUCCACAACAUUGGCGCUAGGGUUAUCGUGUGCGACAUCAGACAAGAACGUCUCGAUGAAGCUGCCAAGUUGGGAAUUCCCAGUAGCGAUAUUGUCCCAGUUGGAAAGUCACCUCAGGAGUUUGUGAUGGAGAAUGACUUGAAGAUCGAUACUGUCUUAGACUUUGUAGGAACACACCAGACAUUCGAGGAUGCACAACACAUUGUCCGACGAGGGGGAAAACUACUCUGCAUUGGAAGUCUUAACACGGAGAACGUGAUCCACAUGAAGAUUGGGACGAGAAAGAGGUUGAGUUACAUCUUCUCCUACGGUGGGCAAGUUCGAGAUCUUGAGGAAGUUCUCCAGUUGAUAGCAGAAGGAGCCAUUCGCCCCCAGGUGAAACCGGCGAGAUUGGAGGAUUUUCCGGAAAUACUUAAGCAGCUAGAAGAAGGAAAAGUAGAGUCACGAAUAGCUUUGAUGCACGAUUAG